AUGUCAGACCAGAACCCGGAGUCGACAAAUUGCCAAGAGGGGCGUCCAGAAUGGCAGGAGGAAGGGUUCAGUUCCCAUCAAGAAUGGCAAGACUGGCGAAACGAAUAUCUGGCAACCGAUAAUGCCUACGACACCCAGGCGGAAGACCCAUCCCCUGAUGACAGCGAUGAAGAUGAGGGCUUUGACGAGGAGUUCGUCAGCGAGCAAGGAUCACAGAACGAAGAGGACGACGACGAAGAAUCGGAAAAUGGUGAGCCUGAAGGAAACGUCGAGCCCGAAGACGGCAGCAACCCCGACAAACAUUCCAAGGCUACAGACAACGGCGCGCCUGGAGCAAACAACACUCCGAAUGUCGACGAAGCUGAGCUCACUUCUAUAUACGGCUUCGCGCACGACAAGAACAAAGACUAUGCCCUCGUUGAGCAGUCGGCUCGUGGAGCCCUCAACGCUAUCACCAUAGCCCUGCAAGAUAUCAUUAACAAGAGCCAAGCGCGACAAGGUGAUCCACAGAGUCUUGCGAAAGAGAUCGAGAGCGCCUUUGCCACGACUUUACCUACGUAUCUAAGCGUCCAAGCAGUGCUCCAAGGUGGACAACAAGACGUCAGCGCUUCUCAAGAAAACGAAGACGUGAACAGCGACAAUGAGGAGGAAUUGAAAGAGACUACAACACCACAUCUCGACUAG